UCUCCCUCCUCUCUCUCAAAGCAAACCAAAGAAAUAAACAGAGAAAGUCCAAAAGGCAUUUUUUUUCCAUUUCUUUAGUUCGUUCGGGGUAGAUGAUCGUUCGGCGUACGGACUGGGUAUUGCUCAGAAAUCCUAAUUUUCAGGUCCCAGCCAGCCAGCCCUAUAAUAAAGAAAAGCCUGCUCUGCCUCUAUGCUGCAUCAGUAUGUGCAUUUAAUCCAUAUUUCUGAAUCCCCUUUAGUUUCGUUUGAUGCAUUAACCCUCAUUUCUUUUGUUUUUGAUUCCUCGGGCACCCAUCUCUCCUUUCAGUCUUAAGUUCAUUGCUUUCACCCAACGUUGACUAUUUUGGAUUCUCCCUUGCGACUAGAGAGAAACAAGUGAGCAAAUCAGGGUGAGAAAAAAUAAAAUGUUGGAGUACAAACGUAAGUCAGAAAGUGAGCUGAGUUCAGAAACAAGGAAUUCUUCGAGUCAAAGUUCAAUGAGUAGUGAAAGCUGUAGCAGCUUCAGUCGUCUCUCGUUUGAGCUUCUUCCCACAUCUAAGUCCACCCCAGACAACCUUUCUCUCAAACCUCACCGAUCUUCCGACUUCGCUUACUCUACUAUCCGAUCCGCCACCUUGGCCCGCAAAUCCGGCCUCACUUUCCGUGAUUUCCGACUGCUACGCAACAUAGGUUCCGGCGACAUCGGAACUGUCUACCUCUGUCGGUUGGCCAACUCAAAUGAAAACUGUUUUUAUGCGAUGAAGGUGGUGGACAAGGAAGCGUUGGCUUUGAAGAAAAAGGUUCAACGUGCUGAGAUGGAGAAGAAGAUCCUGAAGAUGCUGGAUCAUCCAUUUUUGCCUACUUUGUACGCUGAGUUUGAAGCUUCUAAUUUUUCUUGCAUAGUCAUGGAGUACUGUUCAGGCGGCGACUUGCAUUCUCUUAGGCAUAAACAACCUCAAAAACGCUUCUCUUUGAACUCCGCAAGGUUUUAUGCAGCUGAGGUUCUGGUAGCUCUAGAGUACCUUCACAUGCUGGGCAUCAUUUACAGAGACCUAAAACCGGAAAACGUUUUAGUAAGAUCAGACGGUCACAUCAUGCUCUCAGAUUUCGACCUUUCGCUUUGUUCAGACGCUAUCCCCGCUGUUGAAUCACCAUCGUCUUCUCCGGACCCAAUGCCUCCACGGAACCUGUCCGGCAAUCAUCCGCAGCUAACCCGGCUCUCCAGCCUCUUCCGGAAGAUCUUGCGGUCGAAGAAGAUCGAAACGCUCGCACCACCUACCAAGCUGUUCUUCGUGGCGGAGCCGGUUGCUGCCCGAUCGGGCUCCUUCGUUGGGACCCACGAGUAUGUUUCUCCAGAGGUUGCCUCGGGUGGGACCCACGGGAAUGCCGUUGACUGGUGGGCUUUCGGGAUCUUCAUCUACGAGAUGAUCUACGGGCGUACACCUUUUGCGGCUCCAUCCAAAGAGCUUACGCUGCACAAUAUCGUCAAAAGGCCACUCACUUUCCCAACCCACUCGUCUUCCUCCCUCCUUGAGCAACACGCGCUCGACCUUAUCUCCUCCUUGUUGAACAAGGAGCCCAACGCUCGCUUGGGAUCCAAACGCGGUGCUGCGGACGUCAAAACACACCCUUUCUUUAAAUCACUGAAUUUCGCGCUGAUAAGGUCGGUCACGCCGCCGAUGAUUCCGGGGUUAAAGCGGCAAUCGACGUCGUCUUCUUACCAGCCAAAGAGCGAGGAACAAUCAACCGCGUUUGAUUACUUCUUCUGAGAGCUAGCUCAAGUGAAACGGCGUUGUUUGUGCCACAUGUUGUGUCUGCUGGUUUCAUACCUAAUUACGUAAAUAUAACAAGAAAAUCAAUGAAUUAUAAUUAUUAUGGGUUGAUGAGUCA